AUGGCGACACAUGUACAGUACGUACCCUCGAUCAAAUUUUCAUUUGAGUCGAUGUUGUGUUUUGGGUUGGCCGAUCCAAGAACCGUGGUAAUUAUAGAAGUUGUUUUGAAAUACAAACGGUGGAUAUUCUUGAGAAACCAGCGGGGCCAGAUUGUUGAUUUCUACGAGACAAACUCCGACUCCUACGCUUGUUUCGAUUCUCCUGGGUUGUCGUAUUAUGACUUGAGAGCCCAAAUUCGUCUGUGGAUGCCGGGAAUGUCUCCCUCCUUACGCACCCAGCUUUCCCAACGAAUCUUCUUGUACGUGCAACAAGUUGCAUUUGCCAAUGCCUGCGAGCUCUUGGAUGAGAAUGGCGGUGCAAAUAAAGUGACGGCUUUCGUGGAGAUUGAGGAGCCACAACUGCUACAAGAUUACACGGACGAAGAUGAUGAUGACGAUGAUGACGACGACGAUGACGACGACGAUGACGACGAUGACGACGACGAGUCGAAGCCACCAAGGAGUUUGAGUUGGGAUGAGAUUAAUGGGUUGAAGCAAGAAAGGUUCGAGAGUGGUACUGCUGCAGAGGAGGAACCAUUGAUGUGUUCGAUUUGUUUGGAAGAGUUCUCGAAGGGAGUUAAAAUUACGCCAUUGCCAUGUUCUCACACAUUUCACCACAACUGCAUUGCUUCAUGGCUCCGAAAACAAGCAAACUGCCCGCUUUGUCGAUUCGACAUCACGCAAGAAUGCUAA